AUGGCUCUGAAGGCCUCUAAUAUUAUCCUUAUAUUCACCACAAUCCUUUGUACAACAACCACCUCAAUAUCUGCUUUUAACAUCACAUAUUUUCUAGAGCAACACUCGGAAUUCAGCACCUACAACAACCUCCUCACCCAAUCUGGUGUGGCUGCCGCAAUAAACAAACAAGGCACCGUCACUGUCCUCGUCGUCGAUAACUCGGCUGUGGGGCCCAUCACAGGCGUACCACAAAGCAAACUUAGCUUCAUACUUGCCACCCACGUAAUCCUUGACUAUUAUGAUGCAACAAAAUUAGAUAACUUGAAUGGCAAGUCUGUUAAGGCCACCAACCUAUUCCAACAAACUGGCAAAACUAACGGUGAGCAAGGACUCCUUAACAUAACAAAUUCAGACGGAAACGUCAUAUUUGCGUCGUCAGCCAAGGGGGCACCACAAGACUCUAAGAUGGUGAAAGUUGUUUCUUCACAACCUUUCCAUAUUUCUGUGAUUCAGAUCAGCAAACCUAUUGUUACUCCUGGCCUUGAUCAAGGGGGUUCAUCUUCCCCAUCUGGCAGCCCUAAUGCCUCUCCUCCUACUUCGGUGGCGGCACCGCCACCGAAGCAGGCCAAUGGCAGUGCUCCUUCCCCCGCCGAUGAGGAAGAGGCGGCUGAUAGUCCGAUGGAGGCUGAUAGUCCAAUGGCCGAAAGCGAGGGUCCUGCUCCGGCUGAUGGGCCUGCUGGUGGCCCUUCCCCAGCCCCCUCCCCGGAAGAUGAUGAGGCUGACAAGGAGACUGCUGAUGCUAAGUUGGCCCCACCUAAGAAGAAUGGUGGUGCAAGGUUGAGUGUUGGUGGGGAUAUUGUUGCUGUUUUUAUGGGAAUAGUAGCAUUGAUACAAUAA